UUGAAAAACACCAACAAACCUUCACAGAAUCAAAUCCAUGGAGGAAGAUACUUCCCAAAUAUUUGAAUAUGCCCACUCUGAGUUUAAAAAGCAGAAUUUCAAAAGGGCAGAUGAAUUGUACACGAAGUUUAUCUCUUCCUGCGUACAGUCCAGGGAUUGUGAAGUUAGUAAUUUGGCCACUGCUUACAACAACCGCGGACAAAUUAAGUACUUCCGUGUGGAUUUUCAUGAAGCUAUAGAGGACUACACCUCAGCAAUACAGACUGACAGCCAGUGGGAAACACCUUUCUACAACAGAGGUCUCAUCCACUACAGACUAGCAUCUGCAGCUGCCGGCACAUUCAACCAUAUGUCUUUUAAUAUAGAUCAGGUUUUUUCGACGAUGCCAAGAGGGAUUUCCAGCAAGCAUUGAAGCUCAAUCCAGAUUUUGAGGAUGCAAAACUGAGCCUGCAGCAGACCCUCUUGGACCAGCAGCACAAAAUAAACAGGGGAUACUGACAACCUCAAAUUAUAGAGUACACAUUUUAUACACUGCUCAAAAAAAUAAAGGGAACACUAAAAUAA